UUUUAUAAGAGUGUAGUCUAACCAAGAAUAAAACUAAUCUGCAAUCAGCCAAGGCACAAGACUCAAGCUAGGAAAACUACUGAGCUCCACUGAUACUACUGAAUGCUGAUAUGAAGUUGCUUAGUAUCUUUUCUCUUUUUGUGGCUUUAUUCUGUGCUGUUCACAGCCAAUUUUUAGCUCGUGGGACUGUUCAACUAGUUGUAAAUGGAGUUCCAUUAUCAUCUUAUUCAUCUGGGAUAGUUCAGAUCUAUUACUUUACCAGUUCCUCCAGUUCAAACAGAUGGGGCAAUAUUUGUUAUGAUAUUAGUACAUUUGAUAGCACUGAAGCUAGUGUCAUUUGUCAUCAGUUGGGAUAUAGUGGAGCAUCAGGUUAUGGUAGAGCUGGUGAUGCAAUAAGCUUAUAUGGAACUGAUACAGCUGCUACAAUUCUUGCUGAUGUUAAUUGUGGUAGUAGUAGCUAUUUAACACUGGAGCAAUGCAGCUUUUCAAGAAUUAUCUCAAGUUCCUGCACCAGUAACAGUGAAGAUGUAUAUGUAUCAUGCUAUACAUCAAGAAUUUGGGACAGACCUUAUUCUGGACAGAUUCGUCUAGUAGGAGGUACUUAUUCAAGUUAUGGUAGACUGGAAAUAUAUUGUAAUGAACAGUGGGGUACAGUAUGUGAUGAUAGCUUUGGUUACAUUGAUGCUAGAGUUGCCUGCCGUCAGUUAGGAUACAGUGAUUACAGCACAUAUACUGGAAACCUUGCUGGGUAUAGUUCUCAACCUAUAUGGUUAAAAGAUGUCGAUUGUAGCAGCAGUUCAUUUGAUUGUCUUGCCAAUUGUGCAUCUUGUCCCACUUUAGAAUAUACGUGUAGACAUAGUCAAGAUGUGGCCUUGGGAUGCGAAUUUGAGAGUACUCUAACUGCAUCCUCUAAUACACUAAGUACUUGUCGUUAUGCUAACUUUAUACCAGAGAGUAACACUCGUUAUAUCAUUGGAGGUGUUGUUUUUGGAGUGCUAAUAUUAAUUUGCAUAUGCUGUUGCUGCUGUUGCUGUUGUUGUUAUUAUGGUAUAAAAAAGUCUGAUGAGAAACCUUCAGUAACUGAUUAAAAUUACUCUAAAUGGCUUAUUAUUGUUUAGUAUAGCUAGCUAUAGAUAAAUUUAUUUUUGUCAUAAGCCAGUGUGUGAGUAUGCACUUCUCUUUUGCUAUUUUUUAGUUGUGUUCUUAGUAUGAUUAGAUCUACUUAUUCAAAAUACAACAAGUGGAUGCCCC